AAUUUGGUCCGUGAAAUGUUCGAUGAUAAAGUUGGGCAAACAUCAUGCUGAGAUGGAUGGGUCCGAGGGGAAGGGUAUCUGGAGAGCAUGGGUCGGAUGUUACGGACGAUCCGUUGGCAGCGAUCGAUCCGAAGAGGUCGGAUCAAGGGAUUUACUCAGUGAGCAGGUCAGUGUAUCUGCCGCGGGUCGCGAUUCGAAACGCGGAAUACGGUGUUGGGUGUGGGCACUUGGGAACUUGUGGUAGUAGUCUUAAAAACGGGGUGAACCCAAUAUUCAUCGACACCUACCGGGACACGACUCUAGGAAGGAUACCGAGGAAGACGAAGCCGUUUACAGCUAGUAGAUCGUCCCGCCAAAGCACACCGACCGGUGAAAAGUCGAGCUCUUCUGGAUACGGAGGCAGCCACGGCACCAACGAUCCAGCAUAUGUCGAAGCUGUCAAACUGAACGAAGUCACAACGAUCGAGCAGAAUUCCAACUACGUCAAAUCCAUAAAAGUAGCAUCGAACAAUAGGACCAAGAACAAGUCAAGCUGCAGCGCUUCUUCCGGAACCCUGAGCACCAUCCCCGAAGGUAGGAUAGACUUCACCAUUCCUAGACCGAUUUGGCCCAACAGACACCAAAGACCCGAGCCGAUCAAACGAAAUCCCGAAUACGACUCGUUAGUGGACGAGGCUGUUCUUCUCUACACCUCUUUAAAUUAUAAACAGGAGAGUGUCAAUACAGCGGCUAGUGAGGUUUCAAUCAGGGAAGUUCUGAUUGAACUGAUGACCAAUAUAAAUGCAACGAUGGAAGGGAAAGGCGUUCUUAGUCCGGAAGAGAUGUUGAAACGAGUCAACGAGAAGAUCGCCUCCAGUCUGGAAGCUUUGAAAAACGUGACAGAAGAGGAGAUGCGGUUGCUUUGCGUUAACCUAUCCAACUCGAAAAACGUCAACUCGGUGGUUCGGGCUUUCAGCAACACCUCCUCCAGCGGAAACUCCAGCCAAAGUUCGCCGGAGUGGAGCAGUAGGUUAAGGACUUUAUCGGAUGCCGAGGAGAUCUAUCAAAUACCUUCAGGCUCGUCGAGCAGCGGUUUCAGUGAUGCAAAGCCGCAUUUCGAGAUCUCCGCUCUGCCAACGUUCGUUCAUGAAGAUCUGGCCAGUGUACCGAACGGGGUGAGAAACGCGAUGAUUUAUGGGACACUGUGUCGGGGCGGCACUAAAGCCGAUAAGUUGCUGGACAAGGAGAAGGCUCCUCCUGCGGUCCAACUGAAGAAGAGUCUGCUGAAAGCCGGUGAUGACAGUAAACCGAGUGUGUGGGAACAGUAUUACGGUGUGAAUGUGGCCGCCGAUGGGAAGAUGGGAGAAUUGAAUAAGGAUUAUGUGCCCAAACCUACGGAUGUACCUGUUUUUCCUGGCGGUCGACCAGAGGCGGACUUCACGCUGGAUGUACCACGUUCGGAGCUACUAUCCAAACGGAUGAAAGACGACAAGAAGUGGAGAUGCAGGUGUCGCCUUCUGACAACCUUCCUCGGUCUCGUCUUCUUCCUGCUCUCCGUAAUGGCUGUUAGUUUAAUAUUGACUAGGGGAAAAAGAAUGUUCGGAUCCAUGGUAUAGCGUCAACGCAGCAGCAGCCGACUUCAGGGCAUUCUUCUUCUUUUGUUUUGUUUUUAAAUGCUGCAUGUGUGUACGUCCGUGUGUAAGUGUAUUGUAUGAAUGCGAAUUUAUGAGUGCAAUAAAUAUACUAUUUCCGCCAUCAUUUUGCUCACGAAAAGAAUAAAACGUAUCGAUCGAAGUAGGUGCCAAAUAGUUACCAAUGUAUAGUUUUUGUUUGUUUGUUCGUUUGUUAGCAGUAUUGGUCCCUUAUGGACCACAAUAGUAUCUUGUGAUAAAAAGAAAUGUUUUAUUAAUAAUGAUAUAGAUUUUUUUUUUGUUUAAUUGUUAUCAAUUGCGCUCAGCCAUUACUUUGUUUAUUUAUGUAUUAAUAUAAUCCCUCAGACCAGUUAUUAUUUAUUAUUUAUGCGACGAGAUCUAAAUAAUAAUGUGAAACCCGAGAAAACAACUAAAUCACUCACGAAAUAUCAAUAUUUAUGUAUGUGUAUGUCUACAAAAAAAAAUGCAAUUAUGUAAUUUAUUUUAUACUACUACUAUUUUUUUUAAUGCAAUCAUUAUCCCCUGCUUCUUCCAUCGUUUAUUUUAUUUGAUUUUUUUUUGUUAUUGUCCGUUACAGUUUAAACGCUUCUGAUUUUUCUUUUUUUGUACUUUUAUUCAUCCUUCUCCACUUUUGUUAUAAGUUCUACAGUUAUCUCCCAUUUCUUUUUAUAUAUUAUUUUGUUUCUUUGUAUAUAAGUUGUUCAGGGAACGGCGAGAAUUUGUCUCCGCCAUUUCUCCCCUAACUUUCGAUACGUACGUUUGUUAAAAGAAAGGGAUACAGAAAGAAAUUUGAAGAAAAAAAAUCGCAGAAGAAAGAAAAACGAACAAAAAAAAGAAGUCUGACUGUAAAUUAUGAGAAUAUCUGGGUGUGAAUAUUGUAAAUAUAAAUGUAUUUAAAUUA